UACCCCCCUUAUGGCUUUGAUAUAAAAGAUUUUUUCGUAAGAUUUUUUUAGCAGUUUCCGCGAUUCAGGUAAUUAGUUCUCAAAAAUGAAGUUCUUUCAACAAUGUAAAAUAUGGAUACUUUUCUUUAUGGCGACUUACGUUUAUGGUGCCGAUGAUGAUUAUAAUAUAUUACAUAAGGAUGGUUCUUUUCAAUUUGGUUAUAACAACCCAGAUUCUUACCAUUACGCUGAUGGAAACAGGAAUAAUGUUGUAAAAGGAGAAUUUGGUGGAAGGAACCCUAAAACAGGUGGAAUAGAUACAACCGUUUAUACUGCCGGUCCGAGAGGUUUUCGACCACGUGGUAAAAAUGUUUAUCGCAAUUACGACUUGAAUCAAAAUGGACCACGUCCUGUUGGUUCACGAGAUGAUCCAUACUAUGACCCAUAUGAAGAUCCUAGUUAUAAAUUUGGGUUUCGUACGAGAACGUACAGCAGACAAGAGAAUGCCAAUAGAGUUGGAGAUGUAACAGGAAGAUAUACCUACCUUGAUGAUGUAGGAGAACGUCAUAAUGUGGAAUAUAUAGCUGGGAAAAACACUGGGUUUCAUGUAAAAAACCCAUUUCCAGAUAGUAAUCCACGAGCGUAUGGUCCACUAUUCUUCAGAGGAAGGGGAAAACCUAUACCAAGAGGUAGAACAUCCAUUCAAAGAGGCUUGGAUGGAAGUUAUAAGUUUGUAUCUGCCGGUCCCGACCAACGACGAACUGAAGUUAGUGAUUCCACUGGGCAUAUCAGGGGUUCUUAUACAUAUCUAGACGACAAAGGAGUGCAGCAUUCUGUGCAUUAUAUAGCAGGACCCGAAACAGGCUACAGAGUUCUGAAAACCGUAAAAGGUCCACAUCUUCCUACAGUUUAUCCAUUCGAUAGACCCGAUAUUAUAUCACCCGAUUUUUAUGACUAUUUGUCUGAUAAUGGAGAAGUUUUUGAUACGGCUGCUAGUGGAAGACCAGUAAAACCCGGAAGAAGACCAUUAAGGCCGAAUGAUGAUAUUGGGAAUAAAAUAGAUACAUCUAAAAAUGAUCGCUAUCAACCUGACGGAGGGGGCUUAAGUUUAGAAGAUACUGGUAGUACUACUGAUAAUUUGGGAUUCACUAGACCCACCGUAAAACCAACGAUAUUUCCUGGAAGCAGUACUACUCCUAGACCGGCCUUUAAUUCUAAUGAAAUCACAAGCAAAGACGAAACCUCAUUUGAUUUUGGUGAUUUAUUUAACAAUUAUGACGGCAGUACUACAACAAUUAGACCUGGUGGAAUUCCUAGUAGGCGACCCGCAGGUAGACCGUUUAAUAGGCCUACUACUACAAAACCUACAAAAAAACCUUUUUCAACGGUUGACGAGGAUGAUGGAUUUUACCGACCUAACGGUGAUAAUGGAUCAUAUAAACCUGAGUAUGGAAGCUCGUCAUCCCUUGGUACCGGUAGUUCCACUACAACGGGACCAGAAUUUGAAGGAUACCCUUCUGGCAGGCCUAGUACUCCGGGGCUUUUUGAAGGCGAAAGUGGUAGACCGUUCGGAAAUAAAGUAAGCAGUAAUGACUAUGACGGGACUAGUGGUCUUGACAGUUUCUCAGGUGUGAUAGGAGUCGGAGGAAAGCCAACUUGUCCCAAAUGUGCAGGAACUAUUGUUACUAAUAUUGGAGAUCGUCCAUUCAAUAUUCCUCCAGGCGUGUCUGUGCGAACCCACGUCCAAUCAAUAGAUUUGUAUCCAUACGACACACAAUCUCCAAGUGAAGCUUAUGAAUCAGAUACGAAAUUACAAAGGGAACAGUUAAAUGCAGCAUCAAGCACAGAUCGCGAAAUUAAAAAAGAAUCUGCACAAGAACGAAAAUUAGAAGUGGAAGAGACUGAAGAGAAUGUUACAAAGGAAUCGAAUAAAGAAGAAACCACCACAGUGUAGAAACCGAUGAUGCAUGGAAUUAAUUUAUUACACAUUAUUAGUUUCAUAUUCCAGUACAAUUGUGAUAAAAAUUAGAAUCUACUGAUGCUAAUUACCGCUAUAACUUAGGGUAAAAACAUAGUGGAGCAGUUCACCUCGCCGCGCUGAUCGCCAUUUAUCUUGCCGCGCCGGCGCCGUGGCGACGAUACUUAGGCAUGUCGCGCACGUGAGCGAAGCGCGACGCGGCGCAACGCGGGGAAUUUUUGAUAGGCGCGCUAACUUAUGCACGGUUUUUCAUACGCGGUUAGGUUAGGUUGUAUUUAAAGUUAUUUUGAGCUGACCCGUAUUAUCUCUUUCACGGUUUGAUAAAGGUGUAUAAAUGAAACUUCAUUUUGUCCUCAAGUUUCAGCAACAGUUCUGAGGGAGAUUUUCUUAUAUAAUGUACAAUAGCUGAAAAAGAAAUCUUGGGAAAAAAAGAGAAAAUCUUGGAUUCAUAACAUUAAUAUGAAAAGAAAUGCGUAUACGCAAAUUUGCUGGAAGACAAAAGAAAAUUAGUAUAAUAUAGUAUAUACUUAACUUUACCUACUUGUAAAAUUAGUAUAAUAUGGUAAAUAAAUUAUUAUAGAAUGACACACGAAAAAUUUGCUGAAUUUCUUUCUUUGUUAAGACCAACUAUAGAGCGUCAGUUUUCAGUUUGUCUCAGGCAAGUUUUUAAUAGUGCCUAAAUAAAAUUAAUAGAGAAUAAUGUAAUGCAUACUUUUUUAAAUAGGUAGAUCUUUUUGUUAUUCAAAUUAAGUAAUCCAUACAUUGGUAGAAAAUAUUUCAUUUUAUUUCUGAUAUAAAAUAGCAAUAAUCGCUUAAUUUCUUCACAGAUAUUGUCUCGUCUCAAUUGGUUAUGAUAAUUUGGGUCCCUAACAUCAUAUAACUCUUUGUAGCUCUGUAUGAUCGAAAUAAAUGUUUCAUCAUCCAUGAUCUCGAUACUUAAAUUACAAGAAACAAACUCAAAUAAACAAACCGGUUCUCAACUAAACAUAACCUAAAUGGCAAUUAAUAAUACAUUAAUCGUAGAAUCAUUCAUCCGAAGACAACCAAAGUAAAUUUCGAAAAUGAACGAAAACUAAGAAAGUUUCCGCUGACCACAGCGCACUAGGGCAUGCGAAGCGCGCCGAAAAGAAUUUCUUCGCUUUGGAUUCCAGGGGUGCAACUUUGUUCAAGUUAGCAACCGAUCGUUUAGAAGCGAUGUCGAAACCAGAUCGGUACUAUGUUCAUUGCAAAACUUUUGUCGCUUAAAUGCUGCGAAAUAUGAUAUCACUAUCACACUCUUGCACACGUGUGCGACACGUUCUAGGCUAUGUCUAGGCAGUCGCCUACGAAUCGAUGUUGUUACUGAACAUAGUGCCUCAAGCUACAAAUUACUUUACUAUCGCUUUGAAACAUGAACAAAGUUGCACCCCAGAUCUCUAACGAAAGUCGCUUAAGUGCGUGGCGCAAGCGGUUGCUUCGCUUGAGUCAGCGAACGUACAUUAUAAACAUACAUUUAAUUCAUUGCAUGGGUUUUCCAAUGCCGCGCUUCGCAUAAGUGCGCGAUAUGCUUAUGUUUGUAGAUGCGCGAGGCGAUAUGAACGGCGAGCAUCGCGGAGAAAUAAACUGCCCCAAUAUGUUUUUAACCUUGGCCUCACAAAAAGUGUCAUUAGACUAAAAACAAUUACUAAUAAUUGUAGGAUUCAGAAGUCAAUCACCAAUCCUAUUGAUAUAAUGAGUUUUAAAAAACAGGAUUUAAAAAAAUUAAAUUCAAUUUGUAUGAAUUCUUCUCAUCUGUCUCUUCCUUAAUAUUAAAGGAAUACGCAGACGAGAAAAGUCAUACAAAUUGAUUUUCAUUUUUCUAAAUCCUGUUUUAUAAACUUCAUUAUCUCAAUGCAAUUGGUGAUUAACUUACACUGAUUGACUUCUGACCCUCCAAUUAUUAGAUCAGUUACAACAUUGGACGUUAAGGCGCGAUUCUCACUAAAACGUACUAGAGGUGGGCAAAGAUUGAACGAGUCGUUCAUUUGAAGGAGUAUUAAAAACGAA